GCGAUUUCCCCCUCUAUACAAGUAUCACCUCGGUCACACGGACCCUCCCACCCCUACGAAGUCGUACCAGCCGGACAACAUAUACUGGUCACCUUUGAGUCGUUACAGCAAUGGCAUUAAACUGGGCCAUGCUGAGUCCCGAGCGGUCUCCUAUACCGCUACCCAACGAGCAAACGAUCACUUCCAUCGAUUCCGGUGCGGAACUCCUCUUGAUAAUCCCCAAUGUACCACCAUCCGGCUCAAUGACCUCUGGCGGAUCUGGAAGCUCGAGAACCAUGAAAGAAACAGGACGGAUCUGGCUCACCGACCAACGACUCGUCUUCGUGUCGGAUACCAAAGGACAGCAGCCGUCCUUCGAUUCACUCUCUGUGCUUCUAACGUCCAUUCAGUCGACGAAGUUCGAGCAGCCGUACUUCGGCGCCAAUUAUCUCGUGAUAGAGAUUAAGCCGACAGCUGAUGGAGGCCUCACGGAGGGCACUAAAGCCGAAGUUAGGCUGAAGGACAAGGGCCUCUUCUCUUUCGUCAGCGUACUGGAGAAGACGCGUGAGCGAGCGAUUUAUAUGAAGCGACAGUCUGCUCUGGAUGACGACGAGACAUUGCCCACAUAUCCUUCCACCCCUGAUGCAGGUCCCUCUGGGUCCGUCGAAAUGCCCGCUGACAAUCCUCCUGCAUACGAUGGUUAAAGUGGAAUCACGGAUGUUGUAAAUGAUGUACCUAUAAUGUACUAUGGAUAUAUCUCGUUUCGGU